UCAUCAAUUUGAUCGAAAGAAUGUACGCGCCGGGAUAUUCUCCAUACGUUGCCCAUGGUUCCCCAUAUGGUGCUCCGAUGUAUGGAUCCCCGUAUGGAUACGGAUACGCCUCACCUGCCUAUGUGCAACCAGUCGGACCGCCGGUUUAUGUUGGACACGGAGGAUAUUAUAAUGAUGAUUGCUGUGGAUGCUGCUGUGGAGGAUACUAUUACUAGCUCUUGAUAUGUAUUAUUUGAAUAAAAUGAUUUCCGUUU